CACCCAAAGACGUUAAAGGCGUCCCGUGCCUGCCUGCCUGCCUGCCUAUCAGCCUGCCUGUUUACCAGUCAGACUCAAAGCCUUCAAUUCAGUUGACGAGUAUUCCUUGCCGGAACAGUUGGAACUUAAAAAGUGCGCGCGCUUAAAACUUUAAAAGUCAAAAUAUUUAAAUUUUUAUUAAAUUCAAUUCAAACUAAACAAAAAAUUCAUUAAAAAAUGCCUUUCGCAAGUAAACAAAUGCAAUCCGUGGCCAGCCAGCAGCUGUCAAAAUCGGACACCAUCAAGCUGCGUAACAAACACAUUGGACAAGCCUGUCAACUCUUCUAUCGCUCCGAUCCAUUGAAAAUAGUCCGCGGACAGGGUCAGUAUAUGUUUGAUGAGGAGGGCACACGCUAUCUGGACUGCAUCAAUAAUGUGGCACAUGUUGGCCACUGCCAUCCGGAGGUGGUGCGUGCCGGGGCCCUGCAGAUGGCCACCAUCUCGACGAACAAUCGGUUUCUGCACGACGAGCUGGUGCAGUGCGCCCGGACGCUGACCAGCAAGAUGCCGGCACCGUUGUCGGUCUGCUUCUUUGUCAACUCCGGGUCGGAGGCGAACGAUUUGGCGCUGCGGCUGGCGCGCAACUAUACCAAGCGCCUGGACGUGAUCACACUGGACCACGCCUACCAUGGUCACUUGCAGUCCGUGAUGGAGAUCUCGCCGUACAAGUUCAAUCAGCCUGGCGGCGAGCAGAAGCCCGAGUAUGUGCAUGUGGCGCCAUGCCCGGACAUCUAUGGUGGCCAGUUCACCGAUAAGCUGCACCCGAAUGCGGAUCUGGGCGCCCUCUAUGCUCAGCCCAUUGCGGACAUCUGCGAGCGCCAGCAGGCCAAGGGCCAGGGCAUCGCCGCCUUCAUUGCGGAGAGCCUGCAGAGCUGCGGUGGCCAGAUAUUGCCGCCCGCCGGCUACUUCCAGGCCGCAUACAAUGCGGUGCAUCGCGCGGGCGGCCUUUGCAUUGCCGAUGAGGUGCAGGUGGGCUUCGGCCGCGUGGGCAGCCACUACUGGGCCUUCGAGACACAGGGCGUAGUUCCGGACAUUGUCAGCGUGGCCAAGCCCAUGGGCAAUGGACAUCCGGUGGGCGCUGUGGUGACCACCCCAGAAAUAGCACAGGCCUUCUAUGACACGGGCGUGGCCUAUUUCAAUACGUACGGCGGCAAUCCGGUGUCCUGUGCCAUUGCCAAUGCGGUGAUGCGCAUCAUCGACGAGGAGGGCCUGCAGCAGAACGCCCACCAGCUGGGCGAGUAUCUGUUGCGGGAGUGCAGCCAGCUGAAGCAGGAGUUCGAGUGCAUUGGCGAUGUGCGCGGCCUCGGCCUGUUUGUGGGCAUCGAGCUGGUCAGCGAUCGGGAGGCGCGCACGCCCGACACCAAGGCCGCCCACUGGGUGGUCAAUCGGAUGAAACAGCUGCACAAGGUGCUCGUCUCCAGCGACGGGCCCAACGACAAUGUCAUCAAGCUAAAGCCGCCCAUGUGCUUCAAUCAUGAGAACGCCGAUGAGUUUCUGCUCGCGUUCCGCGAAUGCCUGACCACCCUCACCCAGGAACAGCUGCAGCAGUCAGCGGCGGCGGCGGCUGCGGCGGCCGUUACCACAAACGGUGUCAUUGCCACCGCCGCGGACACAUUGGCCAACAAGACGAAAAUGUUCGAGCGGCAGGAUCGUCUCAUCAAAUCCGUGUGAGUGCCGCAGCCGGAUUCUCGCUGAGCCUGUCUUAGUUUUUAGUUACCACACGCAAAGAUAUUUAUAUUUACUUAUGUUUACUGUUACUUUUUUUUUAUUAUUAUUAUUAGCUGUAGUAAUAUCUUACUGUUAGCAAUAUCAUACGCAUAUAUACAUAGUUAAAUUCCCUUUUUUUUUUGCUCUGCUUCUACUUCUAGUAUCUAGAAUUGUAGGCACAAAUAUUAUUAUUUUUCUCUAUUCUUUUUUUUUUUUUUUUUGUGCUAACUUAUGGAACAACAAAGUAUAUUCGAUGUAUAUAUACAAAUAUUUUUAAAUAUAAACCAAAUAAAAUAAAAA